AUGCUCUCCCGUGCAGCCUUCCGCGCCACCGCCGGCCCCUCGCUCGUCGCCCGCCGCGGCUUCCAGUCGUCCCGCGCCCAGCUCUCCAGCCCCUACCACUACCCCGAGGGCCCCCGUAGCAACCUGCCCUUCGACCCGCUGAAGAAGGGCUUUGCCUUCAGGUACUGGGGCUUCAUGGGCGUUGGAUUCUCGCUUCCGUUCCUCCUUGCUGGACCCGGCGGUAGCCCUCCCAUCGCCGCGAUGCGCAACCUGAGCAUCGUCGGGAGGUCGCUGCUGCGAUUUUUCGGCGAGGACCCGCUGCCACUCACUGCUACAGCCUGGGAUGCGGCUUCGAACGCCCUGAUAUGCGCCUUUGGUCCAUCUGAAUCACGUGCAGUCAUCGAGCUAAAACGGCUGCACCAUGAGCGCCAUGCUGCAGAGGAGCGUCUUGAGAGCAUUGCGUCGUGGGAUGCGCCCUGUCCGCUGCCCUCGCUUACCCAUGACUCAAUAUUGAGCCUCGACCAUUUCUCUGACUCUUCUACAUCGUGUCUCGUCCUCGCGGGAGGCGAUAUAGUUCUAGUCCGAGAGAACCCACGCCAUGGAGAAGAGCUGGUUGAAAUCGUCGGCUCCGUGGAUGCCGGCAUCUCGGCCGCGGCUUGGUCUCCCGAUGAAGAACUUUUGGCCAUCACCACCCAAGCGAGCACCCUCCUUCUCAUGAGCCGGGAUAUCGAGAACAUUGCAAGCAUUACUCUCAGCCCAGAAGACGUCAAUGUCUCGACCCACGUCUCUGUGGGAUGGGGAAAGAAGGAAACCCAGUUCAAGGGCAAGAGAGCAAGGGCACUGCAGGAUCCUACGGUGCCGGAAACCGUCGAUGAGGGAGUCCCAAGUCCAUUCGAUGACCGGUCUGUGACUAUUAGCUGGCGGGGCGACGGGGCCUACUUUGCCGUCAAUAACGUAGAGCAAGAACGACGGCGCAUGAUUCGAGUCUACUCGCGAGAAGGACAGCUUGACAGCGUCAGCGAGCCGGUGGACGGGCUAGAAGGAGCCCUCAGCUGGCGCCCCUCUGGAAACCUCGUUGCCGGUAUCCGCCGUUUGUCCGAGAGGAUUGAAGUAGUCUUUUUCGAGCGCAAUGGUCUUCGUCACGGCCAGUUUGACUUGCGAUUCAACCCACAGGAGUUACGGGCGCUCGAAACCCCUCUUACGCUGCGGUGGAAUAGCGACUCAAAUGUCCUCGCUGUAUCCUAUCCAGACAAGGUGCAGCUAUGGACGAUGAGCAAUUAUCAUUACUAUCUCAAGCAAGAGCUUGUCUUCCCCGAUAAGGCGGAUCAAGCCGUUCGAUGUACUUGGCAUCCGGAACGUCCUUUGUCGCUAGCCCUGUCGACUUCCGGAUACCUUCAGAUUCUCGAAUAUCUCUCAACCGUUGCUGGCGGCUCUGUUGCGCCACCGCACGACUACGGUCUUGUGGCUUCGAUUGACGGCCUAUCUCUAAAACUCACUCCCUUAAGAAUCGCAAAUAUUCCUCCACCAAUGGCCCUCCACCAGCUUACCUUGGAAGACAGAGCUAUAGAUGUAGCGUUCUCAAUGUCCGGGACCAGGCUUGCAGUUUUAUCCAAUACCGGCAUCUCAGUCUACGCACUUGACCUGAACAGGCGACCAGUUCCUCCCCCCUCGAUGCUUUGGAGAAGCGAUGCCCUUGCGGCUCAUUGUCCGCGACACGUCUCUUUCAUUGGCGAUGAACAGAUCUACGUCUUGACCGACAGCUGGGAUGAGGAGGAGAGCUUUCUCUGGGCCAGCAAUGGUCAAGAGCUCCUUCUCAAGGGACCGAUUUUAGAGGCCGACACCGUCUCCUCGAUCAUACCAAGCGUAGAUGUCCGGAAGCUCUUUGUACCCUUCCGAGACGGCACUGUGCGCGAGGUCAUCCUUGACGAGCAGCCCCAUGACUUGCCACUGCAAAUGUCAUUGGUUGUCCGUCUAUCCUCCCCUGCACCGGACCUGAAAGUCAGCACUCUGGAGGGACAGCCUGUGGCUUUCGGCCUCACCCGAAGCGGCAUACUUUACGCCAACGAGCGAGUCCUUCUACGAAACUGCACGUCGUUUGUAGUGACCCCCGCCCAUCUCAUCCUCACAACCACUCAGCAUCUUCUUAAAUUCGUGCACCUAACCAGACUGAAUGAGCUCGAUGUACCUGGUGAUGAACCACAAAAGGACGAACGAUGCAGAAGUAUCGAAAGAGGAGCCAAGCUUGUCACCGUUAUGCCAAGCACCUACUCGGUCGUCCUGCAGAUGCCAAGAGGGAACUUGGAAUCCAUCUAUCCUCGGGCGCUCGUCUUGGCGGCUAUUCGGCGGAGCAUCGAGGCUGAAUGCUACGGCGAAGCAUUUCUCACAUGCCGUAACCAGCGUGUGGACAUGAACAUCCUCCACGAUCACGAUCCUAACAAGUUUAUAGCCAAUAUAAACAAGAUUGUGGCUCAGAUCAAGAGAAUCGAGCAUAUCGAUCUACUUCUUUCGCAGCUUCGGAACGAGGAUGUGUCUGAGACGAUGUAUAAUGAAACACUCAAAUCCAAGGAUCCGAGCGCAAGGGCCAGACUCUCCCAAGCUCAGAGUGGGUGCAAGGUGAACCGAAUUUGUGACGCCUUCUUGGCUGUCCUUCAGCAACCACAGUACAAAGAGGAUUACAUACAGAACAUUAUCACCGCACACGUCUGCAAGGUACCUGCAGAUUUGGAGGCCGGCUUGCGGGUGAUAGGGCGGCUGCAAGCUGCCCAAGAUACCCUCAGCGAGAAGGCUGCCGAGCAUAUUUGCUUUCUCGCAGACGUCAACCAGCUCUACGAUACAUCGCUCGGCAUCUACAACCUAGAACUUGCCCUCCUCAUUGCACAGCAGUCCCAAAAGGAUCCGCGUGAAUACCUUCCACACCUUCAAUCCCUCUAUGAUCUCCCGCCUCUGCGCCGCAAAUUCCAAAUCGACGAUCAACUGGGCCGCCGAACCAAGGGGCUCCUCCACCUCAAGGAGCUCGAGGCCUUCGACGAAGUACUAGACUACGUGCAGAGGCAUUCUCUCCAUGUGGAGGCUCUCAGAAUGUACCAGUAUGACUCGGUCCAUCUCCAGGAGGUCAUGAGGCUCUACGCGGAUUACCUCAGCACCAGUAACCGACACCAGGAAGCUGCUCUAGCAUACGAGUUCCUCAAUGACCACGCUUCUGCAUGGCCCAGCUACCGUUCAGCGAACCUAUGGCGCGAAGCACUCACUGCCGCCACGCUCGCCGGCGUUCCCGGGGGCGACCUUGAGUCUUUGGCAAACUCGCUUGCGGAAGGCCUGGCAGAGUCUAAGGACUACCUCUCUGCCUCUAGUGUUACACUCGAUUACCUCUCUGACCUACCAAACGCAGCGAGGCUACUUUGUAGAGGUUGCUAUUUCUCAGAGGCUAUGCAGGUCGUCACGCUCCGCCGACAGCCGCAGCUCAUCGAAGAGAUAGUUGAUGCCGGACUCAUAGAGCGAAGUGCGGAUAUGACGGAGUUCCUCGCGGACAUGAAGGAACAACUGCUUGCUCAGGUCCCCCGCCUACGAGAACUAAGAGCCAAGAAAGCGGAAGACCCCAUGGCCUUCUUCGAGGGGAUGGAGGAUGCAAACAUACCGGAUAACAUCUCCCUUGCACCCACGGAUACCACUUCCGGAAAUACUCUCAUGACUCGCUACACCAAUCGCACCGGCACCGUGAACACGCAGACCACGCGCAAAACGUCGAAGAACAAGCGAAGAGAGGAACGGAAGCGAGCGAGGGGCAAGAAAGGUACCGUGUACGAAGAGGAAUAUUUGGUGAAUUCCAUCGAGCGCCUCAUCGAACGAAUCAAUGGCAUGCAAGACGAGAUCCAACGCCUUGUGGACGGCCUCAUCAGGCGAGGAAUGAGGGAGCGCGCGGCUGCAGUGUCGAAUACUGUUUCUAAUGUCCUCGAUCGGUGCCGUGAAGCGGUCAGGGAAGUGUACCCGGCUGCGCCCCCGGCGCCGGAGACUCAAGGUACGGUGAAUGGUGGAGGUGUCGUGAACGGGGUAGGAGGUGUUGAUGAUGAAGUUCUGAAGCCAAGUGGCGCCGAUGCGACGCUCUGGGAUAGCUUGAUGGAGAUGGAGAGGAAGCGGGAGGCACCAGUCGUCAAGGUAUUUAGGAGAUCGAGUCUGCUAGGCUAACGAGCUGGCGACACAGGAGAUGAAGUUAAACGGGCGUGCCUUCUGAACUAAACGUUCCGAUGAUCAGCCUCGUUUGCCGAUUUGACCGGGCUUCCCGCCAGAUGAGCUUUGACGUGCAGUUCUUGUAUCUUUGGUUUCGUUUGCUGUGGGACGGAGAGGGAUAUCUGCGUGACGAUCCAGCUACCUACAACUCGCACCUGCACACUUCGAUCGUACGGCGACGACCUUCGGUCCGCGCAAGUUGGAGAUAAC